CUCCUCCAAGCAAUACCGAACCCACUCGCUUACUACUGCACAUAAUACAUUGUCUCUCCUUCGAAUGUCUCAUCUCCCACACUCCAUCACUUUUCACCAUGGAAAUAGAGCAGCAUCCCAAUUUCAGACAGUCCUCCGCCCCGAGUAGCCCGAGUAAAAUCAGCUCCAACAAUGGAAAGGAAGCCGGUGGACAAACAGGUUUAUCGUUCAUGGCACCGGAGACGGGGGUUCCACCAGCAACUGUAUGUGCUGAUGAGAAGCUCUCGUGGCUGCGGUCUCAGAUCAUUGGUGCCGAUGCGGAGUUCAUGUCCCCAUUUGGUAGGCGGCGGAUCACUUACGCUGAUCAUACUGCCUCGGGGAGGUGCCUUCAAUACAUUGAGAACUUCAUUGCCAAUAAUGUUCUCCCUUUCUACGGCAACACUCACACAAGUGAUAGUUAUGUGGGCCACAUGACAACGAAGAUGGUGCGUGAAGCAACCGAGUACAUCAAGAGGAGCCUGGGAGGAGGACCCGAGAGUGCACUCUUGUUCUGUGGCUCAGGCUCAACAGGAUCAAUCAAACGGCUCCAAGAAGUCAUGGGAAUAGCAGUUCCAUCAAUCUUGAGGGACAGAGUCCUGAGUUGCCUUCCCAUUGAGGAAAGGUGGGUAGUCUUCUUGGGGCCCUUUGAGCACCACUCCAACCUCCUGUCGUGGAGGCAGAGCUCAGCAGAAGUCGUCGAGAUCGGUUUAGAUGAUAACGGGCUAUUGGACAUGGAAGAAUUGAAGCAGAAGCUCGAGUACUUUAAGGAAAAGAACAGGCCCCUUCUGGGGUCUUUCUCUGCUUGCAGCAAUGUGACAGGAAUUUAUUCUGACACGAGAGCGAUCGCCAAGCUCCUCCACCAGUAUGGAGCAUUCGCAUGUUUCGACUUCGCAGCAAGUGGGCCUUAUGUCGAGAUUGACAUAAGACCUGGAGAGGUUGAUGGAUAUGAUGCGAUCUUCCUGAGCUUGCACAAGUUCUUGGGUGGGCCGGGGUCCCCAGGGAUCCUGCUCAUGAGCAAGUCCCUGUAUCUUCUUAGAUCCUCUCCCCCUUCUACGUGCGGAGGUGGGACCGUUGAUUAUGCCAAUGGCCUCGGGGAACAGUGCACACUGUAUAUGGAAGACGUCGAGGAGAGGGAGAGUGCCGGGACACCCCAAAUCAUCCAAAUAAUCAGGGCAGCACUGGCCUUCUGGGUGAAGGACUAUGUUGGCCACGAUUCGAUCAAGAAACUUGAACAAGACUACAUGACAGAAGCGCUCAGGAGGCUGCUCCGGAACAGGAACAUAGAGAUUCUCGGCAACAAAACAGCUGAUCGACAAGCUAUCCUCUCGUUCCUGAUAUACUCGACGACUAAUUGUCGUGAUCUGAAGGAGGGGAGGGAUGAGGCAGGGGAGCUUUACAUGUGGACAGAAACCGGGAGCAAGAGGGACCAGCCGCUCCAUGGGCAGUUCGUUGCGACUUUACUGAAUGAUCUAUUUGGGAUCCAAUCGAGAGGCGGGUGCGCUUGUGCAGGGCCAUAUGGUCAUGCUCUGCUCGGGGUCACAGAGGCUCAAUCCUUUGCACUUAAAUCGGCCAUCGAAAAGGGCUACUCUGGGGUAAAAACAGGGUGGACUAGACUAAGCUUCCCCUACUACAUGUCUCGUGAGGAAUUCGAUUUCAUUCUCGCGGCCUUGGAAUUCAUAGCCACUUACGGACAACGGUUCCUUCCUCUGUACGACUUUAACCUCAAAACCGGAAGCUGGGCAUUCAAGAAGAAGUCGCUCGUUGAGCUCGUAGGGAAGGACAGGAACUGUAGUUUCAGGGUCUUACCCUUUGCCGAAGCAAUCCGGGAAACAGAUAUAGGUGAAGAUCAUUCCGAUGGUUCCUAUGGCAGGAACUCCAGAACAAAAAGUACCAUCAACGGGUAUUCGUCGUACUUGGGAUGUGCCAAACAUGUUGCAAGUCUAUUGCCUAAGUUCCCGGCACCCCGUCGGCUCCGGGAAGACAUUGAACCGAACCUCUUAGCCUUUCGAAUCUAACUUUGAGAAAUUAUAGAAAACCAUGUUAAGGUAUUCGGUGCUAAUAAUUUAUUUGCAAGAUCCAAAUUCUUAUUGGACAAUUUCGUCUAUUAUUAAAAAUUCUGGUUGCCUUUCUUGUUCUUGUACUUCAAACAUAACCAUAAA